GCUGGGCUGCAGUGUCCUGUGUUAGUCACACUCUCCUGACCAGGGCUCCUAUCAGCGGAGCGGUGCAUGGUCUGGUUCCCUCCUCCAAGGUCACCCUGAUCUCCUCACAACAGGACAGGGGAUGCGUGCAGAGUGACAGCACCUUCGUUACACCGCCAGUAGGAACCUGACAGGGAAGUGUUGUGUCUUGUGACGUCUUCCUGAUGGGUUGGGCUCUAGUGAAGACUCUAAACCAUGGUUCUAUAACCCUGCUCCUGGAGAGAUACCCAGGGUUGCAGUGUCAAGUUGAACUUGCUAAUGUUGUUUGGUGUUUCAUGGUUGUCGUGGUUGUGUUCCAUGGUUGUUAUGGUUACUGCAGGAGUGGAGCUGGUGGUGAAGUCAGUGAACAUCCCAGAGACCAGUGACAGUGUGGAAUUAUACAUCUUCGACUCUGCUGGGAGAGAAACAUUUGUUGAAGCUUGUGAGAAAAUGUGGGGCCAGCCGUCAGUGCUGUGCCUGGUCUACGAUGUGAGCAGUGAGGUGUCCUUCAGCAGUUGCAGCCGCUGGAUGGAGAGGGUGAGGGCCCACUGCCAGGGCCUGCAGGUCCCAGGGGUGCUGGUUGGGAACAAGUCGGACCUGUCGUCAAGGAGAGAGGUGGAGGCCUCCGUGGCCCAGGGGUGGGCCCAAAGCCAGGGGCUGGAGUACCACGAGACGUCCGCGAAGGAGAUGGAGAACUGUGAGGCUCCGUUCCUCAGCCUGGCCAUGGCCUUCCAUGCUCUCUACCAGGACAGACUUCAGACCAUCCAGAGCCUCACCUAGAAUGUUCCUGGAGGGUUCCAUAGCCUGACCCGAAGGGUUCUAGAACCCGAGCCAGAAGGUUCUAGAUUCCCACCCACACCCGUUCUACAGAACAC